UGUAACAUUAACUCACAUGAGCACUCUGAAUUAUCUCACUGUUGGGGGUUUUUUCUUCUUUUUUUUUUUCUUUUGUCCGGGUGUAGAAGAGUCCUUAUUGACACUGGGCAGCCAAAUACUCCUGAAUAUAUUGGCUGGUUAAAGCAGGCACUGUCAGAGUUCAGCGUCUCAAUUCAAGAAAUUUUAGUGACACAUUGGCAUUAUGAUCACGUCGGUGGAAUACCUGAUAUCUGCGAAAACAUCCCUAAUGACUCUGAGUAUCGCAUCAGUAAGCUUCCUCGUGUCCCUCACCGUGAAGAAAAUAUAAGGGGAGGACGUAAAUAUAUUUAUCUUAAAGAGGGAGAUGUGGUACAGACAGAAGGAGCCACACUCAGAGUUUUAUAUACUCCUGGACACACUGAUGAUCAUAUGGUUUUACAUCUAGAAGAAGAAAAUGCUAUAUUUUCUGGAGACUGUAUUUUAGGGGAAGGAACAACAAUAAUUGAAGACCUGCAUGAUUACAUGAAAACUUUGGAAAGGUUGUUACAAAUGAAACUAGAUUUAAUAUAUCCAGGUCACGGCCCAGUAGUACGUGAUGCAAACACUAGAAUCCAAGGCUACAUUUCUCACCGAACUGCACGUGAACAGCAAAUUCUGAAUGUUUUCCAGAAGAAUGUUGGAAAAUCAUAUACAUCCUCGGAGCUUGUAAAGCUAGUAUACAAGGAAAUCCCUGAAAAUGUACUUCGAGCAGCAGAAUGUAACCUCCUUGUGCACUUGAAGAAGUUGGAGAAAGAAGGAAAAGUGUUACGUGAGGACUCUCCCAACGUCAGAUGGAAAAACAAUUUAUAA